GCUCCGCCCCCGCGCCCCUCAGCGCGCGGCCAUGGCGUACGGCGGCCUCGCGGUGCCCAUCAUCGUCAUGAGCGUGUUCUGGGGGGUGGUCGGCGGCGUCCUGCCCUGGCUCGUACCCAAGGGGCCGAACCGCGGAGUUAUCAACACCAUGCUGGUGACCUGUGCUGUUUGCUGCUACCUGUUUUGGCUGAUUGCAAUUCUGGCUCAACUCAACCCUCUCUUUGGGCCGCAGUUAAGCAAUGAAACAAUUUGGUAUCUUAGAUUUCACUGGCCUUAAGGAUGUCUGUGCUGUGCUGCAGUCCAUCGGCAGGUGCAGAAGAGAUGAAAAGCUCCAGUGACCCAAAGGUGCCCUUUCCGUAGCUGGUUGGAUAUGAAGCCUGCAGUAAUGCCUUAACCUUUCUAAUGUCCUUCAAGUGGCUUCUUCAAAGUCUUGUGCUUUUUCCUACUAUUCCGUUUAACUGAGUGCCUAAUGCAAUUUAUACUCCUCUUUGGUACUGUCAAUUUUUGACUGUUAACUCCAGAUGUGAUGAAAAUUUCUACUUUUACGGGUCAUGGAAUCACAUUUCCUGUUCAUUUUAUCUGUAAUAACUUUAUAUUUGCAGGUCUUAGCUUGUCUGUUGUUGUGCUGUUCCACCCCUGUUCUGUUUGCACUGGACAAAAAUGUGUGCAAUAAAUUCUGUGAGGAGAGGAGAAACAGUGGUACCAUGUGCUGAUGGCAAUUAAUUUUUGUUUUUUUUCAAAUGAAUUGUAUUCUUGAGAAAUCUGGCCUUAAAUUUCUCAUGCCUAGAAAUAAAACUAAUCCUCUUGCUUGAUACAAAA